GCCGCUCUCAUUGGUCAGAUUCGUCAAUCAAUCAAACGCGUAAACACACACCCAUCAAAACCAAAAGUCUUUCGUCGCUUGAGUGACUAAACGUGUUUCUUUGAAUCAUAAAGAGGUUUAACCUGCGAAUAUGGCCAGAGGCAGUCAAGGCACCAAUCAGGAGCUCUCAGACGUGCUGAACGAACUGUGGAAGCUGGAUGUGAACCGCAUGAAACCUGGAAAAGACUAUAAAAUCAACCUACAAGGAAAGGCUGGCUUUGUAUCUGAGGGCAGUAACAAUGCCAGGGACAGUGCUAGAGCUCCUCUCUUCUCUUAUGUCAAUGAAAACAAGCUCAAAAGCAUUGAUACCUAUCACCACUUCAUAAAUCUGCUGGACAACUAUGAGAUGUCUACAGGAGUGGCUGAGCAGGUGACAAAAGAGGAGCUUCAGGAGAACAAUCUAUUCCUGGAUGCCAUUCUGAAGACAGAGGUCAUGAAGUGUGCCCACAGGUAUUUAGUAAGCAAAGGUCGAGCCUCAUCGGAUCCGGCUAAGUUUAAGAGGCAGCUCUAUGACAUUUGGUUCAAGCUCUAUCGCAGAGACAAAAGUGGAGGUGAAGAUUCCUGUGGAUUUGAGCAUGUAUUUGUAGGCGAAACCAAGCAUGGUAAAGAGAUCAUGGGCCUCCACAACUGGGUCCAGUUUUACCAUCAGGAGAAACACAAUCAUGUGGACUACAAAGGAUACAAGGCUAGAAGUAACAAGGACACGCCAGAUGAGGAUGAUCACGUCUUAAACCUGCAGUUCAGCUGGAAUGGUUUAGUCAAGCCAGUGGGCAGCUGUUUCAUAGGCGUCAGCCCAGAGUUUGAGGUGGCUCUGUUUACCAUCGUCUUCCUUCUGUCGGAUGAGCGUGUGACCAACGUUAAGGUGAAAAUAGAUGAGUACCUGCUGGAGAUUGUGGUGUACAGAUUUGGGUACUCCAUUGGGACAUCAUACCCCAAAAUGAUCAGCAGCAACAACCGGGAUCUCUAGGUCUCACUGAGAGGUCAUAAAAUAUCUGGUUGGGAAAAAAAGGCUAACUAGGACAAAGUGGGCAUGAUAAUCCAAAUUUCAGCUUGUGAAAUAAUCUUGAACUGUUUAUGUCAUAGGUCUUCAACCCUGUUCCUGGGGAUGCACUAAUAUAGUUUGUACCGCUAUCAGAAUUCUGCAUAAUGACAGUUAUGUUCAUAAAAUUUGAACUUAUCAUAAUUGCACUCAGGCCCUUAAAGUUGAGUGAGCCUUAAUGUACGUUUAGCCUAUAAACUACGAGCAGCUAUAAUCACUGACAAUCAUAGACCAAAUCUUAACUGCUACAAGCUUUUAGACCUCUGCUUUUUUUUCUCUCUCUUUUUAAAAUUGAGCAAGAAAGUUACAAAUCAGAAAUUAGACUCUUAUGUAUAUUUUAUGAAGCUCAAGACAUCUGUGGAAUGUGGAAAAUUAAUAUGGGCAUUUAUAGAUGAAUAUUAAUGUCAUUUACACUUUUGUUACUUAUCCGUCCUUGGAACUGCAUAGUAUAAAAUUGAUUCUGCUCAAAAAUCAUUUAGCUUUUUUGUUAUGUAACCGAAAUAGAUACUUUGAAGUAUGUACCAAAACCUUUACUACUGGUACAGCAAUAUACAUGUGCCUUAUGGUUGUUACUGUUCGAAUAAAGACAUUUUCAUGUAA